AGUUAGAUUAGGUUAGAUCCAGUUUGAUUAGAUUAGGUCAGAUUAGGGUUGCUCUGAUGGUGGCAGCUGUUUUCUAUAGUUCUGUUAGUUACGUUUCAUGUUGUUCAACUUCUAGUUUCUGAACUCAUUGGUUUCUAUUCCUGCAUUCUUUUCAACAUCUGGUCUAACAAUGGGACGGACGGACGGAGCGGACCGCCGCAGACCGCCGCAGACCGAGGAGGAAGAGGCGAUGGAGACCAGAGUUUAGCGGACUCACUGAUCAAGUCCUGAUCAAACUAGAUUUUGGAUCAAAAACCCUUUUCCUUUUUACAUUUGAAUAAUUUUCUUUCUCUGAACUGAAACUCACCAAACAGCUCCAUGGCAUGUUGGGGGCGGGGCUAAAUGGUGAUGGGACCAUGUGACCUUCUCCCACCUUUAUCCACAGAAGAGAGAAACUCUGAGAUGGAGCAGAGAGCUGAACACAGAGGAAGAGUCAUGAUGAAGAGCAGAGCUUAUUCCAUCUGAAGGAUGAGGUCACAGCAACAUGUGGGGGAGGGGAUCCAGACAGCUCGCUGAGGACAGGCUGCAUGUAAAGCAGUGGGCCCCUCAGGGAGGCGCUGAGGUGGCUUUGGACCAGAACCAGCAGCUUCUCAUUGAUAUUCACACUGAGGCCCGACUGAAGGCUGCAGCCGGAGGCCCGGGUCCCAGCAAGGGGUUCUGGACCCAACCAGACCAAACAGAACUCUCUUCAUCAUCAGCUGAAGUUGGUCCAGACCCGACCCGACAGCUUUGUCUGAAGAACAGGUCCAAAAAUGUUCUACAGAACCAGUUCUGUAUGAUGCAGGACAGCGAGCCGGUUCUGGACCGGUUCUGUAGGAUGGAGGGUGGCCAGCUGGUUCUGGUCCGGUUCUGUAGAAUGGAGGGCGGCCAGCUGGUUCUGGACCGGUUCUGUAGGAUGGAGGUCGGCCAGCUGGUUCUGGACCGGUUCUGUAGAAUGGAGGACGGCGAGCUGGUGCUGGACCGGUUCUGUAGGAUGGAGGACGGCGAGCUGUUUCUGGACCGGUUCUGUAGGAUGGAGGGCGGCGAGCUGGUUCUGGACCGGUUCUGUAGGAUGGAGGGCGGCCAGCUGGUUCUGGACCGGUUCUGUAGGAUGGAGGACGGCCAGCUGGUUCUGGACCGGUUCUGUAGGAUGGAGGACGGCCAGCUGGUUCUGGACCGGUUCUGUAGAAUGGAGGACGGCCAGCUGGUUCUGGACCGGUUCUGUAGAAUGGAGGGCGGCGAGCUGGUUCUGGACCGGUUCUGUAGGAUGGAGGACGGCCAGCUGGUUCUGGACUGGUUCUGGACCGGUUCUGUAGAAUGGAGGGCCGCCAGCUGGUUCUGGACCGGUUCUGUAGAAUGGAGGGCGGCCAGCUGGUUCUGGACCGGUUCUGUAGGAUGGAGGGCGGCCAGCUGGUUCUGGACCGGUUCUGUAGAAUGGAGGGCCGCCAGCUGGUUCUGGACCGGUUCUGUAGGAUGGAGGGCGGCCAGCUGGUUCUGGACGGUUCUGUAGGAUGGAGGACGGCGAGCUGGUUCUGGACCGGUUCUGUAGGAUGGAGGACGGCCAGCUGGUUCUGGACCGGUUCUGUAGGAUGGAGGACGGCCAGCUGGUUCUGGACCGGUUCUGUAGAAUGGAGGGCGGCGAGCUGGUUCUGGACCGGUUCUGUAGAAUGGAGGACACUCAGCUGGUUCUGGACCG